AUGUCUGACGGUGCUGCUUCAUCUCCCGCCAAGUCCAAGACUGCCGGCGCUCACAGCAACAAUCUUAAGAUAUGUGUUCUUGGUGAUGGUGGUGUAGGAAAGACUUCCCUCACUAUUCAACUGUGCUCCAACCACUUUGUAGAGUACUACGACCCAACUAUCGAGGACAGCUAUAGAAAGCAAGUGGUCAUCGAUGAGGAGGCUUGCAUUCUGGACAUUUUGGAUACCGCUGGCCAAGAAGAGCUCACCGCCAUGCGUGACCAAUGGAUCCGUUCAUGCGAGGGUUUCAUCAUUGUCUACAACAUAACGAGCAGAUCGUCGUUCGAUCAGGUCACCCUGUUCAAGGAGCAGGUGUCCCGUGUGCUCGACAAGGAGUCCGUGCCAAUUAUGCUGGUCGGAAACAAGUGCGACCUGGAGCAUCUGCGUGAGGUCACUCUGGAGGAGGGCAAGGACCUGGCCAAGUGUCUGGGCAUGCUCCAUCUGGAAGCUUCCGCCCGCACCCGUCACAACGUCGAGGAGUCCUUCUAUGAGCUGGUCCGCGAGAUGCGUCGUCGCGAGCGUGGCGCCAAGGCCGCCGGCAACAAGGACGAUGGCCACAAGAAGAGCAAGUUCAAGUCGAUGAUGUCCAGCUCCUCCAAGAAGCUGAACAACUUCAAGACCAAGACGAUGACCAAGGUCGAGAAUAUCUCCUUCUGCAAGACCAUGUAA